AUGACUUUAACGGGAGAAUCCACCACGUGGCCAAUCACUAACACUAUUAAACCAGCAAGAUAUUUAAUGGUUGGUUUCAAGAACUUACCAGAUUCUCAAACGAAUAACAAUAAUGUCUUUAGAGUGGCAAUGAACCAAACUCAAAAUCCUUUAAUCCAUAAAGUUCAAGUAAGAUUAAACAACGAUAAUUAUCCUAACCAACCUUUAACAAUUAAUCCAACCACAAAGGAUUAUAAUGAAUUGUAUAGAAACUAUAAAAAUAUGUGUGAAUUAUUUGGAAAUCUACCUCAGUUUGAAUAUGUAGAUUUUACACUUAAUCAUCCAAUCUUCUGUUUUGAUCUAUCAGCUCACCAAGAAGAUCUUUUCAAAACAGGAGUGAACAUAAAUACUCAUAUUGAAAAAACACAAGGAGAUGUGACAGUGGCUACUGGAAUAGCAAAAGCCGUCAACUCAAAUAAAGCAGCUGCAGUAACAGCAGCUGAAGAACGCAGACAUAAUUUAGCAAUUGAAAAGGAGGCACGAGGUUCAGGAGAGGGAGAAAUGAUAGGCACAAUAAAAGAAUUUGGAAAAAGAUUUGGGGAAGAAACCAAGAAAACUGUUAAACAAGGAUUAAAUAAAUUAGUAGAUACUGGAGAAGGAAUAUUUCUUUCAAAGUAUAAAGGAGAAGGAGUUAUUUUUGGAACAAAUUAA